CUCUUCCUCGUUCCAGCUCAGCCAUCUUUCCUUUUUCUUCCAUCACUUGCAGCUCUAUUACGUCCCUCACUUCCAACCUCAGGCCCCACUCUUCAUUGUUCCAGCUGUGACGCACAAGCGUGGAGCCUUCUCUUUCAUGCAUUGAGCUGCAGAGCUUCCCUCGGAUGCGAGCUGGUCAACGCGUUUCUGGUGUCACCGCGACUCCACGUUCGCCAGCAACUUGAAUUUUGUGAAACAAUGGCAGAAACCACACCCUCUCAUCCGAACGACACCCCAGAAAAUUCUCCUGGUGGAGGCGAUGACAACCAGUCCCAAUCGGCCGGCCAAUCCAAGAAUCCUGCUUCCGUCAAGGAUCGAAAAUGCCAGUACUGUCAUCAGGCCUUCACGUCAUCGUCACUCGGCCGACACCUGGACCAAUUUCUCUUCAAGAAAAAGCCCGACGGAAUCCACGAUGUUGAGGAGAUUCGGCGCAUUCGAAGCGGCAUCACCAGACGGCAGGCCCGCACAUCCUCCGGCAAACGGGAUACUCCUGAACGGGCCAUGGGCAAGGGCCCGUCGGAGCAUUUUGCAGGCGGGGAACACGGCGCGAAGCCGCGCGAGGGUGCGAUCAGGAUGAUGUUUAACACGCCUACGUGGCAUGCGACCGGUGUCAUCAAUGAUAUUCCUAAUCCGGGUCAGACACCGGAGGGUUCGCGGUUCGCGGCCUCGCAGCCUCGAACGGGGGUGAUGCAUCUUCCGGACUAUGCGAGUAGGGGUGCCAGCGCCAAGGAUCCAGAUACAAUGAGGGCGUUGGAGUUGGCUCUGCGAGAGGUUUUGGAUAAUAUCAAAGCUGCAACUUCCCGGAUGCGACCUCGGCUUUCGCCGUUCGAUUUCGAUAUUCAGUCGGAGACAUUCCCCUCGCUCUGUCUUCACCUACUGCCCCCACCUCCCAGUCUCUUCUCUACCAAUCCGUUCCCGUCACCGUCAUCUUUCCCACUGAAGCCCCCUGGGGUAGAACACCUUGAUAUUGUACGACAGGCGAUUCGAGCGAAGAUUGACCAGUGGCAAUCCGAUCAGCUGUCCGCGCAAUCUGCGAACAACUCUCCCGGUCGGCCCGCGCUCGGCCUGGACGCUAACAUGAUCAGUCGCAGCGCACAGCAACAUGAAGAUAUGAGCCUGAGGCAUCUCGAGCUGGCAUUCAAACACUGGGCCUCGCUGCCACCGGAGACGCGACUAGAGGCGUGGCAUCUUGAGAUCACCCGCGCGUUCGCCCGUGAGGUGGAGAAACGGAAAAUAUUGGACGAGCAGCUCGCUCGCGUCCAGCAGGAAGCCAACCAGCUGCGCGCACAGGUCGAGAAGCUGGACGCCAAGGAAAGCCAGAUCAGCCCCGGUUCGCCUCGGUGGGACUACGAUAGCGUUGUUGCGAAGUGGAAGCGGGUUGUGAUGCACGACAAGACCAUGGGCCGCAUCGGCGUCGGGUAUGGCAAUCCUCCGCUCGAUGAUCGCAGCAGCGCGGACACCAAACCCCGCGCGACAGAGGAGCCGCCUGCCUCUGCGCCAGCGUCUGCACCUCCGUCUGCACACCCCAGGUCGCGAGCCCUGCAGCCCGCUCCUGGCCCCGCGCUUGCCUCAAGCCCGGACCAGUCGUCCUCGCAUACCGGCGGCGCCUCGGCCCCAUCCAGCCAGAACACCUCGCCUUAUCUCCGGAGUCCCCAAGCAGGCCCGCAAGCCAAGCGUCCUCGAUUAAUGAAUGGUGCAGAUGGCGGCCACGCUUCGGCAGCGAAUCCGUCUGCCGCUCCGACGAAUACGUGGACUCAUCCGCACAGUCACCAGUCCCUUGCGGUUUCGAACUUGGCUAGUCCGUCUGGACCGCCGCCUAGCUCUGGGGCGUAGUUGAUCUUAUCAGACCGGGUAGGCGCCGCCAUCUCAGCCAUGUAGGCAAUCAGGAGAUAUAUGCAAUGGCGAAUGCACGCUGGAACUCUUAUCUAACUGUACAAAUACUGGAACGAUAUAUACUUCAUCUUGAAUUCUCGCAAGGAAGUCUGCAAUCAUUGAAUAUCUAAUCAUAAUACAUAAC